UUUAUAUAGAGUUCUUAUUUCUCUUUUGGAUGCUGCUGGGGUACAGGGUUUGGAGAGUGGAGCCUCCUCCAACUACAGUGUGGUUGCAGGUGCCAGGCAAUUACCAGUGGAAAGGGAUGGCCAAUCAAAGGAGAAGGAAGAGGAGGAGGGGGUCUUUCUCAUCCUUGCUGAUCAUUUUGGGGGUACUUUCUCUAACAGGAAUACAGGCAGCUCACCACAAACAUGUGAUACAGUUCACAACAGUGGGUACAGGAAGCUCCCUCUUGGACCACUUCAUGGUGGACUUUCUGGAUGAUGUUCAGAUGUUCUCCUAUGACAAACAUAACCAGCAGCUCAUGGCCAAGGAGGCCUGGAUCUCCCAGGCCCUGGGGGCCAAGUUCAUAGCAAAGAUUCGGCAGAAGUUAGUGGAUCACGAGAAGAGUUUCCUCUGGUUCCUGAAGAAGUUGAUGCAGAAUGAGACCAAGCAUGAUGUGAACCACACGUUGCAGGUUUGUGUACUCUGUGAGAUUGAGAGAAACAGCCUUAUAGGAAAUGAAAUCCAGAGUGCUGUCGAUGGUCAGGAAUUUUGCCUUCUGAAUGAGGAGAUGGGAAAUCAGAUUAUGCCUGAGGCUCAGCCCUUCGAGGCGAUUCUGACAAGUACCUUCUGGACCACUCAGAGGAAAGACUACAUGGAAGAAUAUUGUAUUAACACCAUGAAAAAAAUCCUGCAACACUCAAGUAUAAAGAAGAAUGUGCCCCCUGAGGUGACUGUGUCCCACUAUGAAGCCAUGGAUGGCAUUACCACCCUCUGCUGUUCUGCUACUGGUUUCUACCCCAGCUCUAUCCUGUUGCACUGGCAGAAGGGGAAGGAGAUAAUUGUGGCUGGGAAGGAGAGCUCCAGAGGCAUUUUGCCCAAUGCUGAUUCUACCUUCUACCAAAGAAUCACCAUUGAACUCCCACCAGAUGACCCGGGGACCAAUUAUGACUGUGUAGUGGACCAUAUUGAGCUGGGGACACCAAAAGCAUAUCCUGUCCAUGUGAAGUAUCCUAAAAAGAAGUGUUGGACUGUGACCUUGACCAUCCUGGGUGUUGUCAUUCUGGUGCUGAGCUAUGCUGCAUCCUUCAUCAUGUGGAAUAAAAUGAAGACAGGUUACAGCAUCCAUGAGUGUGUUCCAUUGGAAGAAUGGGAAUCCCAAAGGCAGUGGGAAAAUGGACGCAGAAGAAGCCUGCCCUGUUAGCUGUUUCCCUAGAUCCAGGCUAUGAGGAAAACUAUUUGAAUGCACAUAGAAAAGAAGAAAGAAAUCACUUUUUCCAGCAGACAUUCAAUUGGACCUUCAAGGACACUAAAAUAUUCUGUGGUGUUUGCCUCAGAGACGCUAUUGGCUCAUUCCUGCUGAAUAUGAAGAAGCCCUAUCCAGAUAUGAGGAGCUAUCUCGGUGCCAGCCAGACCAUUUCUUCAUGCCUUCUCUCAUCACAUCCAAUUCUGAGCCUUGGCUCCUGCUAUUUCCCCUGCCUUGAUUCUUCCUCUCUGUAAGUCAUAGAGGCAUUACCCUAUUGUAGAGGGUUCUGAACUUGGAGUCAGGAGACAUGGGUUUAAUCUGGCCUCUGAUACCUAAUAGCCCAAUGGCUAUGGACAAAUCACAACUCCUUUGAGGCUGAGGUGGCUCUCCGAGAUUGUCUACCACUCUUCAGAUUAGGUUGAGAUCUGCUUGGAGGGGAGGACCCCACAGGCAUUCUCUCACCAACAGAAUCACAGACCCUUGUUUACACUGAUAUGUGAGAACCACAUUUGAAGACUUCGGUGGUCAUAUGACUUUUUCAGUGUGAAUGAAACCUCCACAGGGGCAGAGCAUAACCUGCCCAAGUCCUCUCAUCCAUCUUGUGCAGUUCCUAUCUUACCCAGGUCUUCCUGAGGCACCUAGGUGUUAUAAUGCUUAAAGUAUUGGGCCUGGAGUCUGGGAGACCUGAGUGCAAAUCCAGUCUUAGCUGCUAACUGUGUGACCCUGGGCACAUCACUCAGCUUCUAUUUGUCUCGGUUUCCUCAUUUAUACAAUUGGGGUCAUAAUAGCACUGACUUCCCAGGAUUGUUGUAAGGGUCAAAUGAGAUAAUAAUUUUAAAGUGCCUGGCACGUAAUAGGCUCUUUAUAUACUAGCACUUGAUGACAACAGCUUUCUUCAAGUCCAUGCUCAUGUUUGAGUAUUGAUAUUUGUUUGCAUGCUUAAUCAAUCAAGGAACAAACAUCUAUUAAGUCCCUCUAUGUGCCAGGCACCAUGCAUGGCACUGGGGACACAAAGGCAAAGAAUGAGACAAUACCUGUAUUUAAGGAAACUACAUUCUAUUGGAGGAAGCGACAGAUAUACACAUGAUUAUGUACAUGAUAUAUGUGUGUAUAUGCAUAUGCAUGUAUGCAUAUAUUUCAUCUCAGCCUGUGAUUUCAUCAGUAUUUGGAGAUCCUGGUGAGGGACUCCCUUUUCCAAUGUACGUUGACAUCUUUCCUGCAUUUUAGGCAAUUGGGGUGAAGUGACUUGCCCAGGGUCACACAGCUAGUAAGUGUCAAGUGUUUGAUCUGAGGCCAGA